AACUUACCUUCAUGCGAUGGAUGCCGAUUCAAUAAUAAAACUUGGACUUCGAUCAAGAACACUGCCUGGAGGCAUUGAACUAUUUUUGGUUGUAUUCUUUGGGAUAUCAUUUAUUGUUUUUCUGCAAAGCACGUACAACAGAGAUGCAUUUACUUGUGAGCCCGAAACCAGUUCUAUCACCAAACAACUCUGCUAUGACGAGUACUCUUCUGCAAUGAAUCAGUGGUUUACGCCCCUGUAUUUUGUUGUUUUGGCAUACAUCGUUUUAUUUGUCCUCUCGAUAUCCUUCAUGCUUUACGGUGCUUUCACUCUUCGGAAACUCAAACGCGAUCGACAAAAGAAACCGGACUGUUUCAGGAGGGUCUACCUUCUACAUGUAAGCUGUCGACUGAUUUUUAUUCUUGUCAUGAUUGGAAUCUUCUGUAGCAACCAGACCCUUAUUGUUCCUAAGACGUACAAGUGUUCAGUGGCAGCUGUCGCAACACCGACUCCAUUCAACCAGACAGAAACUGAUUUGCAUUGCCAUGAUCAGCAUUACAGGGAGAAAUCAAUUUGUAACAUUGCCAUCAUUGCCAUUGAAGUCUUUAUUAUGAUUCUAUGCAUAAUCGAAUUUAUUCAGGUGAAAAGAUUAACUCCACCGCAAAAACUUCUAACCAAGUUGCUUGGAGAAAUCUUCGAACCAGUUAUAGGUGUCGACAACCCGGCCGCAGAACUAGGAGGCAUGCCAGAGGGUAAGACGAAAAACUUCCAAAGCUUCCAAAGUUUCUUAGCUUUUAGCUAUAUUUAGUGUUACCCUCACUAAAUAAAGUGUUUACUUACUUACUUACAUAUGGCAGUCUGCGGCCUUUCCCCACAUCAAGGAAGCACGGAAAGCCGCAAAACUCUUGAGCAAAAAUUUAUUUUUCAAAUUGGCACUCUUAAUCCUCACGGUAUCAACGAACGCUUUUCUUUCAACUAAUUUAUUCUGUUGUUUUUCACGUUACCAUGCACCAACCAAUAGCGAAGCUCCAUCUUUCUGUAUAUAAUUAUUAAACGACACACAACCCACAAUUCCUCGAUUCGCUCCCACAUAGGGCUAACGCUCGAAACGUCAGCUUUCGAAUCGCCUUACGGUGGCCAA